AUGGGCCAAAAAUUAAGCGAACUUCGAGGACUUUUAGUAGCAAUGGAAGGAGAAGAUAAAAUUGAAACUAAGGAAAAUGAUGAUGACGAAUCGAGCUCAUAUGAAAAUUUAAAAAGUGAUAAAACGAGACAUAUCUGCAACGAUAACGAUUCAUCAUCAUCGUUCAAUGGUAACGACGUUGGCAAUGUCAAAGAACAUUUUGAAAGUAUUUACAGUACUAAUUCGUCGGAAAAUAGCGUUCGAACCGACGAAGUAAACGGAAAUGUAUUACCUCAAAGCCAUCAUUCCGACUCGAGCAAAUGUGAUGGUGCUAAACAGAAUUGUACCUGUUCGACGAAAACAAAAUCUCAAUGUGAAAAGUCGAGAAAAGUAUCAUCAAAUAAUCCAUCUCAUUGUGGAAAUUUGAAAAGGAAUAGUUUAAGGACAAUGUCUUUCGUUAGUAAAAGGAGAACUCACGGUAAAACGAUAAGAACUAAAGAUAGCAUCGGUGACAAUGUGAAAAAAAGAAACAACUGGGUGUUAAAAUUUAAUUGUGCUAAAUUGAAAACAGGGUUUCACGGUUCUAGUUCUAGUUUCGUCGAAUCAGAUAUUCCCCAUCCAAAUAUUGUCUGUGAUUCGUGUAUUUGUACCGGAUAUCGACGCACCGAAGACCACCAUUUGGGAGCGGGUGUCGUAUUCGAAGCGACCUCCGGCGAAGAAUCUUCUUCGAGCGGAGCCACGAGGCGUAAAUCCUGUCCUGCGGUGACGGGUACGAAAUCGGAAGAACCCACGAGAAGCAAUCCCAUAAUUGAUCUCUCCAAAUUCAACCCCGAAGAUUUUCCAAUUGAAGAUUGUGACGAAAGGGCUAGAUUGGAAAGAGCAAGGGAAAUCGCCGAGGGCGUCGAACCUCCUCCCGGAUUUCAACCGGGUCAACAUAUUCAACUUUUGUGUCCACCAGAAUUCACUCUCGACAAUUUGACAAUGUUAUUUCAAACUCAUUUGGGUCUUCACACGGCAGCUGCUCUGUCUGCCUUGUCUCAAAUAGACGUGAAUCUCCCUCCGGCCGUCCAGAGAAUAGUUCAUACUCAAGUAGAUUAUAUUCAUUGCUUAGUUCCUGACCUUCUUCAAAUCACUUUGUCUUCUUUUUAUUGGGGAAAAAUGGAUAGAUUUGAAGCGGAAAGAUUGUUGGAAGGCCGUCCCGAGGGAACUUUUCUUUUGAGAGAUUCUUCUCAAGAGGAAUACAUAUUUUCGGUUAGUUUUAGAAGGUACGGUCGGUCUCUUCACGCAAGAAUAGAGCAGUGGAACCACAGGUUCAGUUUCGAUUCUCACGAUCCGGGAGUGUUUUCGUCACCCACCGUUUGCGGUUUGUUGGAACAUUACAAAGACCCGUCCUGUUGCAUGUUUUUCGAACCCAUGUUAGCGAUACCUCUCCAUCGAAAUUUUCCUUUUCCUCUGCAACAUUUGUGCAGAGCGACCGUUUGCAGCAUAACAAAAUACGAUUCGAUAAAUCAACUCCAUUUGCCAAAAGCAUUGAAAAGUUACUUAAAAGAAUAUCAUUAUAAGCAAAGGGUUCGCGUUAGGAGAUUCGAUUCGGAGAUUUAG